ACAUAAGAAAAUCGUUUGAUGUCAAAAUCGGUCAAAACUUGGUCAAAAUCAAUCAAAACCGAUAAAAACCAAUAAAAACCAAUGAAAAUCGAUGAAAACCGAUGGAACCGGUGAAACCAGAAAAACCACCGGUUCGAUUUCUCAUGCAAUCUUCUUUUAAUUUUUUCCAAUUUCACCCUUCCCAUUCCUUUCUUAUACCCAUUUUAACCUUUAAUUUUAACAAAAUUACAAAAUUAUCAACAUCAAAUUAGAAAAUCCAUGCAUGCAACUUGCUCCUCUCAUCAAAUCUUCCUUGCUAUUUGGACCGAUCAGUUCACCGAUUCAAUCAAUUGAAUCGAUUAAACCGAGAACCGAACCUGAAAAUGGUUCAAUGACCGAUCCGAUUUUAAAAACCUUGCUCUAUUGGACACCAAAGAAGGAACGAAAGCAACAAACCCAUGUCUCUGAGUGGAGGCAUGAGGGGCAUGAUUUCGUAGACAGGCAUAGAGGUAUGUGCAGAUGCUGCCUUUGUAAACAAUCAAUUUCGACAUGGUCACCAUAUAAACUUGGUGACCCACCCAGAGUGCAUACUUCCCAAUGGCAACAACCUCCAAGGAAGCAAAGGUUUAUCUGGGUGGAGAAGAAGAAACACAGUGCAACUUCUCAAGAGGCAAAUCAAAAUUUAGUCAAUGCAAUUGUGUCUCCAAAGACGUCUGCCAAGCAUGUUCCUUUCAAGUCGAAUGACUCAAAUGCAACUAAAGAGCUUUAUGUCAACAGCAAAACAAUUAGUCUUGGUGAGUUUAUUAUUGAACUUCCAAGUUCCAAUCCAAAUCUCCCUUUUGUUUUUACAAAGAAACAAGAUGUAACCUCUAGUAGCACAAAGACAGCAAAGAACAAAGCAAACAUGUCUGUCAAAGAAAACAAAGAGAAGGAUCAUAAAAAAGAUGCUGCAACCUUUGUUCCAAGAGGAGGAAUGCUGCCAUCAACUAAAAGCAUACUGCCUAGGAGACAUUCUACUAGCAAUAUGAAAUCUUUGCAAAUGCACAAGGCAUUAUAUGAAGGCACAUAUUGGCUACAAAAUCUUGACAGUAGUCUGCACCUCACAAAAAUAAAUGGCUUACCUUUUCAAUCAUGUUGCCCUUCGGUCUGUAGGUCAUGCAGUAGAUCGAAGUGAAAAUAAUCUCUUUGCCUAAGUCAGGUUUGGAUGGAGAUCAGUUUUAAUUUAGUUUUUGUUUUUAAUUUUCUACAAUUAGUGUGAAUAAUCUUGCAGUUGAGUGGCUUUAAGGGAAGCUGUGAGAUGGCAUUGCUUUUAAGACAUGCUUUUUAUGGAUGCGUACUUGAUUUAUGUCUUCAUGUCAACCAACAAAGGAAUUCGUGGAAUUAUUUUUUUUUAAGGCUAUAUUUUACCUUUUUUGUAAACACACUUUUAGCUGGCUUGUUUAUCUAUGAAGCCAUUGUGUCUGUUAGUUAUGCCUGCCAGAUGAUAUUUCAUACUAUGCUGAAGAAAACAACAAUUUCAAAUUUCUACAUUUUUAGAGACAUCAUGCUUUCUUUACAAUGACCACAUGGUGAGGAGUGUUAGGAACAAAAUUUUCAAAAACUUGAUUCCACUUCCAUGAAGUCGUGCAACCAAGUUUUUGGGGCAUUGUUUACACCCAUUUUCGCAAAAGAAAUAGAAUGGUGCCACAUGUCAUCCAUGUUGAUCUCUAAGCAUGCUGCCAAGGGGUAUUUAUUGCUAUAAGUAUGAAGAAAAAAAACGAAGCAAAGGAGACCAGUCUCUUACAUAACUAGUUCAGCACUAUUUACAUUUUAGUUUUACAAGUAAUGUCUUAGUUCAGAUCCAAUUUUCUCAAACAGUUUUUCUAAUUUAGUUUUUAGCUCUACGCUGCCAUUAAAUUUAACUCUGAUUU